AGUCCACGGUGCGAGGAGGGCACGAACAGGAAGCAUGGAGUCACGUUGCCGCCGACUCAGCACCGAUCGACGUAUCGCCUGCUCGCUCAGUCGAACGACAAAGGCGGGCCGAGAUAGCCGCACCUCUUCGGAUUCAACAGACGAUGAUGAUUGGAUUCAGCGUUUUGUUCCUUGCCUUCGUAGCGUCAGCCUAUGGCGCUUCCAUCAAGGACUCCAACGACUUCUUAGACCAUGUCUUGCUCCAGAAAAUGCCGGCACUCGUCAGAAGGACGGCAAAGCUCUACCCCAACGCAACUAUCGGAGAGUUUAAGUUCACGGUAGAGAGGACAGGUAUCACGAACCGGGAGCUGAAGGUGAAGAUGAAGCAAGGCGCCAUCCGGGGUUUUGACACGGGCGUCCACCGCGUCGGGGACUGCGGCCCUGUGACGGCCAUCGGAUUCGACGCCAGCCUCUCCUGCACUGUGGACUUCAGCGGAAUUAACGCCACCUUCAUGGCCAAGGUCGAAGGAGAUAACCUGCUGGCCACGGACAAGCGCAUUCCCAUCACCGUCAAUGUGGUGGACACGGUCGGUCGCUUCGAGGCCAUGUCGUCGGGAAGACUGACCAAAGUGCGCACCUUCCACAUCGACAAGAUCCGGUUCAACACGCAGUACGACAGGCAACUGAACCUGAACGCUGCGCGCAGGAGUAAAUUUAUCGAGGAAGUGGAGAAGAAAGUGAACCACGAGCUCUACACUCUGCUCUACAACGACUACCUCCAACUGCUGAAUGAAGCCGUCGCUGCUGCCCACUUCCCCAGGCUGUAGUUUCUCAUAGCAUACUCCUUUUGUUCCCGCUCUGAAGCGAGGAAGGACUUUCCCAGAUACAAUAAACAUGCUUUUUCAGGC